AUGUUGAGAAGUGUUAGAUCAUUACCAACCCUUAGAACUUUAGAAUCAACAAUUCAAAAAGAUAUUAAACAACAAUCUAAAAAUUUUCACACUAUAUCAUCAAAAUAUAAUUUAGUUGUUCCAAAUAUUCCAAAUAAUGAAAUGAAUAUCUCAAAUAAAUAUCAAACUUUUUCAAGAUCUGUUCAUCAAAGUUCUAAAACAAAUUCAACUCCAUUAUUUUCAAAUAAAAAUUCUGAAUUUUCUGUAAUGAGUUUAAAUUCAUUGAAAGUAGAAUGUCGUAAACGUGGUUUAAAAAUUAGUGGUAAGAAGGCUGAAUUAGUUUCAAGAAUUUCAACUUAUGAAAAAACUUUCCAAUCAAAUCAAAUAAAUUCAAUAUCAACUUCUUCCAAAAAAUCAAAAAAUUUAAAUUUAAAACCAUUACCAAAAUUACCAACAUCAUCAACAAAGAAACAAUUCACAACAACUUCUAAACCACAAGCAAAAGGUGAUAAUUCCACAAUUGAUUAUAUUAAACCAGUUGAUAUUUCACCACCAAAAUUAGUUUCAGAUGAUUAUAUUGUUAAAAUCCCAUCAUUAUCAACAAAAGCUUCACAAACACCAGUAACAGAAUUAGAAAAACAAUUAAAUCAAUCAUCAAUUCAAAAUCCAAAUUCUAAAAUUGUCUCUAAGGCAGAUGGUUCAUCAACAACUAUAUUUGAAUCUGAUUCAAUAAAUAAAAUUGAUGAACAAAAUUCAAAAGCUUUAAAAACUGAUGUUAAUGAUAUUUAUAAUGGAUUAGAACCUGAAAAACCUUAUGAAUAUCAAGAAGGUAAUAUUUCUGGCAAUGAUAAAACUAUAUUUGCUGGUGUUUUAGCUGCUAUUGGUGGUUGGUGGUUAUUAAAACCAAAAAAGGAAAAACAUUAA